UUUGCUCUAAUAUGGAUAACUUAUAUUUUUAGUAAUGUCAAAAAUAUAAAGAAGCUCACUGAGCAAGAAUUGCAAAGUAACAACAAAACAUCUUGGCAUGACCAAUAUAAAGAUAGCGCUUGGAUUUUCAUUGGUGGCUUACCAUAUGAUUUAACAGAAGGUGAUAUUAUCGCUAUCUUUUCUCAAUAUGGAGAAGUAGUUAAUAUAAACUUAAUCAGAGAUAAAGAUACUGGAAAACAAAAGGGAUACGGCUUUUUGUGUUACGAAGAUCAAAGGAGUACUAUACUGGCAGUUGACAAUUUUAAUGGUAUAAAGAUUUUAGGCAGGGUAAUACGAGUGGAUCAUGUUACCAAUUACAAAGCACCAAAAGAUUCCAAAAAUAUAGAUGAAGAAACGAACAAAUUACGAAAAGAGGGUUGUGCUCCAAAAAAAGAUUGAGAUGUAUAGGAUAUGCAUAUAAAAAAAAUCGAUAUAUCGAGGUAUUGUUUCUUAAAAGCAUAUUAUUAUGCAUAUAUUUAUACUUUUAAAUUUAAUCACACACAUACACAUACAUAUAUGCACACAGACACACAAUAAAAAUAUAUUGAGUAAAAGCCUCAUUACUUACAACUGAUUUGUUAUUGCAAAUUAAGUCUUAUUGUUAGUUAUAGUGUUAUGGUUAAGAUUAAAAAUAUUACACAA